GAAUCAGAUUCUCCAGUUUUCUCGGAUUCUCCAGUUUUCUCGGAUUCUCCUGUUUUCUCGGAUCCUCCUGUUUUCUCAGAUUCUCCUGUUUUGUCGGAUUCUCCUGUUUUCUCAGAAUCUCCCGUUUUUUCGGAUUCUCCCGUUUUCUCGGAUUCUCCUGUUUUCUCGAAUUCUCCUGUUUUCUCAGAUUCUCCUGUAUUCUCGGAUUCUACUGUUUUCUCGGAUUCU